AUGAAUGAAUUGAUUAAAUACUACGACUCUGGCUCUGACUUGGAAAUUCCUCACUCUGACGAAUACGACUCUGACAUCGACGAAGAAACCCUUUUGGCCAGCUCUUCAGACCCGGACUCCGAAUCCGACUCUGAGUCUGAAAAUGCUUGUGAGAAAUGCGUUGGUUGCGUUGAGGAAUCCGAAUCUGAGUCCAGCUCUUCCGAGUCCGAGUCUGGAGACGCUUAUGGCGCCUGCCUGUCUCAAAUUAAGCCCGCUUGUCUCAAAAUUAAGCCUCUCAAAGAUAAGGUCUGCUUGUCCCUCAGAAAUAGUGAAGCACUACCCGGAGCUUGUUCCGUUGAGUCUAAAACGCAGGCUCCCUCACUACGUGACGUGGGCUAUGGCAACAUAGAAGAGUCACUCAUGAAAAGUACGGAAGAGUGA